UAGCAACAUCAGAAGCAGCCCUGACACUUGGUGAGCUGGGUGCAUGGUAGUGAGCAUGAGAGCUGACAAAACAUCAGCCUUAGGGCUCCGAAGCCUUCUCAGUUCAUUGGUGAUAUUAGUGGAGGGGUGGCAUGAUUUAGAUAACAAAGACUAUGACUGUUGGCCCCUGGAAAAACCAGAUGAGUAUAACAUGCUGGACUGUGGAGGCCUGGAGAUGGCAUGGGUACAAAGGCCUCCAGAAAAGGCUGUGAGUGGGGAAUUCUUCAAUGUGACCUAUGCGGUCUUUGCUUCAGAUGGCUUUUAUCAAUACGCAGUGCAAAAUGGAAUCCUUUCUCACAGCAAUGCUACUGCUGCAAAGGAAUUCUGUGAGGAGCAUGAGUGCCCUGCCAGCUGGAAAAAUGCAAAUGGGGAGAACUGCUGUGUCUACCAUGCCAACAUUCACUCCUGUCCUUUGGCCUUCAUGGGUAGAGGAGGAAUAUGUGGUCCAUGGAUCCCAGAUGAUGGCCAGAUAUUUACUCACACUUUGUCUACAGCUGGCAAAAUGAGCCAGAGAAACUGGACUGCCAAGGUUGUUUUAGUUCAUGUGGGUGUGACUUCUCUCAUUGCGCACAUCAGAGUUGGGAGAAUGCAAGUUGCUCUAGAAGCAAAAACCACAGUCCUUCCUGCAGUAGUCUGUGGAGAUGGCCUUUGUGAGGAAGAAGAAGGCUGCUCUAUCUGUCCGGCAGAUUGUGGGGAAUGCCCACUGUCUGCUGAUGCUAGGAUAGCAAUUGCCUUACCAAUAUGUAUAGUCUGCACUGGCUUCAUUUUGACAGUCAUGUGGUUUCAAUAUCAGAAACAAAAGAUGUUUUGGGAUGAAAGCUGGAUUAUAGACUUCACCUGCAUCAAACAAGACUGCAUAGUACGGACAGCAACAGGAAGCAUGAUGAGCGCUGCCCCAGUACCCAGUGACUCCAAUGCCAGCUGUAUCACUGCUCUGAGCUCCUGCACAGCAGCUGCUAACAUGUCCAGGAAACAGUACUUCACCCAGACGGGGAGAUACGAUGGUAGAACAGUGGCCAUAAAGAAAAUUAUGAAGAAGGCCUUCACACUGUCCAAAUCCAUACGUAAAGAAGUAAAGCAAGUGAGGGAACUCGAUCAUCCCAACCUCUGCAAAUUCAUUGGAGGUUGUAUAGAAGUCCCAAAUGUUGCCAUUGUGACAGAGUACUGCCCCAAAGGCAGCCUGAGUGAUGUUUUGCUCAAUGAAGACAUUCCUUUGAACUGGGGCUUCAGGUUUUCUUUUGCUACUGAUAUUGCGCAAGGAAUGGCCUAUCUUCACCACCACAAAAUGUAUCAUGGACGGUUGAAGUCUAGUAACUGUGUGAUAGAUGACCGAUGGGUUUGUAAAAUUGCAGAUUAUGGUUUGCAGUCGUACAGAAAAGAAGAUUCUUCUGAGGGGUCAAGCUCAUACCAGCAGCAUUUGAUACAGAUUUACACAGCUCCUGAAAUCCAUUCCCUUUCAGACUUUGAACCCAAUUCUAUGGCAGAUGUCUACAGUUAUGCCAUAAUUUUACUAGAAAUUGCCACAAGAAGUGACCCUAUGCCAAAAGAUGAUAUGCAUUCAGCUGAAUAUUCUUGGUGCCCAUCUUUGGCAGAAUUAAUUUCAGGAAAGGCUGAGAAUUCUUGCCCAUGUCCCACGGAUUACAUAGAGUUAAUCAGAAGGUGCAGAAAAAAUAAUCCAGCCCAAAGGCCUACAUUUGAACAAGUCAAGAAAAUGUUACACAAGAUGAAUCCUAAUAAAGUUAGCCCAGUUGACAUGAUGAUGACUCUGAUGGAGAAAUAUAGCAAACAUCUAGAGAUACUAGUUGCUGAGAGAACCCAGGAUUUAAUGCAUGAAAAACAGAAGACUGAUCGUCUGUUGUAUAGUAUGUUGCCGAAACAAGUAGCAGAUGAUCUCAGGCAGGGAAAACAUGCACAAGCUCAAAGUUACUUAAGUUCCACCAUCUUUUUCAGUGACAUUGUUGGCUUCACUCAGCUUUCCAGCAGCAGCACACCUUACCAAGUGGUAGAUCUCUUGAACAAGCUUUAUACCACUUUUGAUGAAAUCAUAGACAACUAUGAUGUCUAUAAGGUGGAAACAAUAGGAGAUGCCUAUAUGGUGGUGUCGGGAGUACCCAAAGAGAAUGGAAUCCUUCAUGCUGGUGAGAUUGCAAGCAUGGCUUUAGACCUUCUGGAUGUCUGCAAGACUUUUAAGAUCCCGCACAAGCCCAACACCCUCCUAAAGAUAAGAGCAGGAAUGCAUUCAGGGGCAGUUGUAGCUGGAGUUGUUGGAACCAAAAUGCCACGGUAUUGUUUAUUUGGAGAUACUGUGAACACAGCUUCCAGGAUGGAAUCUACCAGUGAAGCUCUUAAAAUACAGUGCAGUUCAAGUGCACACCAGCUGUUGGAGCAGAUUGGAGAGUAUGUGUUAGUAUGCCGUGGGAAUUUACAAGUCAAGGGGAAAGGAGACAUGGUAACAUACUGGCUUGAAGGUAAGAAAGCCCCUGCCACCCAGAAGACAAUCACCAGCACUUCUGUGACUCUUCAAGACCCCAACAGAGCUUCGUUUAGUUUGAUACCAGGUGUUCUUCCCUGUGAUCCUCUCUCAAGUCCUGCUUACUAGCCACUCACUAAUUCCACCAUUCAUCUUGCAUUCAGUCUUUAGAUCAACCUGCUGAACUAGAAAGUAAGAAAAGAGAUAGUACGCCCCUUUGGCCCCGUGUAUUAGCUCAGACUUUAUUCACAGGUAUCUCUCUCCCAUCAGUGGCAGAAAAAAUACAAAAAAGCUAAAAACUUAUCUUGAGGAAUUAUACGUGACUGUCCCACCAGCUACUAGGGCAGAAGGCAGCUCCCGGUGUUGCUUGUGGGUUUGGUUUUGCUGCGUAUUUCCCUGCCAGCAGCCUCUAUCACUUCAAAACCAGCUGGCUGGACAUUCCAGCAGUUUACAACUGCUCCUACAGGAAAGACGGGGACAGUGUAGUGUUUCUAUUUAGUGGCGUGAUAAACCUUGUUGGUGUGAUUGGUUUUCUGCCGUGAAAGGGAAAAAUGAGAUGUGUAUUGUGUUAGAAAGCAAGGCCCAUUGAAAGAGGAGGAUGAAGCAGUGCAGUCAUAGUGGAUGCAAAUCGAAAGGAGAAUUUGUGCUCCUGAUUCCAUUUCAUCCCCGUUGCCUGAAGCACAGAAAGAAGAUUUAAGAAGACAGUAAGGGAUAUUUCCACAGAGUGAACACUUAGUGAUACCUGCCAUCUUGGUACGGAGAUCUGAAAAAUCUUGGAAGAUAAAUGAAAGACAUUGCACACUGUUGUUAAACAGAAGAGCAUCCAUUACAGCUGCCCUUGACUUUGGCUGCUCUGGGAUUUCUCUUAAAAACUGCUCUUAACAUUAGCUUGUAGUUGCUUUUACCAAAGUGGUGGGGAACCUAUGACUGCUGGCUAGCUCUCUGAUUGUGAAAUCAGGCAGCCCUCUGAGUCACUGUGUAAUUUAGGACGCAGUUUAGAAAAGGUCAUUCCUGAGCAAGCAUUUCCUGUAAAGAGAGACCUGUCACUACACGUGAAGUAAUCUCUUGAUGAGCAUGUUUCUGUAAGCAUUGCUGGUGUUGACUUUCUUUAAAGACAAAGCAUAUGUAUGGUGGACCCUUUUAUAUUUUUUAGGGUUCUAUUUAUGGCAAUAAAUUACCUUUCAGGCCUAAUUUUUUUUAAGAGUUUAGCCAGUCCAGUUGAACUGUCUAACAGAACUAGAUAUGUGAAAUAGAGGAAGGAAGGAAACCAAGAGUCACAGCAGUUCCACGAUAAUGUGAACUGCACUGGCCAAAACUAACUGUGAGAAGGUGAAAAGGAAGGACUCUGAGUGAAAUAGCACCAUCCACCACUCCUUAUUCUGCUCCCUUACCCUCCAGUCUGUCCCCAGUCAUAGGUACAAGCAUAAAAAUAUGCACGUAGAUGCAAUUUUUCUGGUAUAAAUUUUGUGUAGCUUAAACAAGCAGCUGACUAGUUGUCCAUGUUCCCAUGGAGCUAGCAUAAUUUUAAUGCUGAAUAUGUGUUGUGUGAUAGUAAUAGAAGAGUCACACUACAGUCCUUCAGCUUCUGUGGGAAGUAAAUGCAGUGGUAGUGUUAGAUUUUUCAGAGAUGCCGAAUAGAUGUAGAAAGGUAAAUCUUUCUGAAUUAUGGAAGACUUAUUUGAAAUCCAGAGAAAAAUAUAGAACAUUUGAAAUUCUGCCUCAGAAGUCUGUGGGAAUACUGCCACUUGAAUGGGACCAGAAUCUCAGCAAGGGACAUACAUCUAGUCACAGGAGAUCCCAACUUAGAGUCCAGCCAAAUUUUUUAACAUUAAAAUUUUUAACUGACUUCACUUUUUUUCUAAACUUAAAAGAUUCCUUUCUCUAUUUUUGAAUUUCAUAUUAGUACAUGGUACAGUACAGUUACCUUAUUUGUAAUCUUAGCAAAAUAAAACUUUCAGUUAUCCGGAGUCCAGAGAUGUCCUUUAAUACACCAUUUCCUUUAUCCAAAUGGUACCUAUUGUGAAACUCUCUGCUCUAUUAUUGUGCUGCAUGAUGUAUAAUACACUUUACAGUAUUCUUUUAAUGAGUAUCAUUUUUUACAUUUUCAUUAGAAAGAUGUACAUCAUACGGUCUUCUAUCAAAUAUGAAUGUGAAAGCAUGUGCUUUGUUCUAUGUUCAUCUGCAGCAAUA